AUCUGAAAUUUAACUCUGGAACUAGGAAGGCGUAUCGAAGCUCUCCGUCAUGUUAGCCACUUUGAUUGGUCUCACUCUGCUGCUCCAAGCUUACACGAUUGCAGGACAAGAUUACCAAGUUUAUGGAGCACCGGGCUUACAAGUAAUAUACCCGUCCUCGUCCCAGGUUCAAGUACUCGACGGAAGACAUUUCUUUCGCAACGGAUUUCAACGGAAUUUCACGAUCAGUGCGAACGCAACCAGCCAGGAUUUCCAACUUGUCAGUAACUUGAGCAACGGAAAUUCAGGCAACACUCCUCUUCGGAAUUUCUUAAGGUCUCUGUUUGGUCGCCAGCCAAAUGUCCAGUUUGUGAACCUGAAUUCCAGAGCCUUCAACGACGUCUCCCAGGAGCCUCAAUACCGAAAUGCCUAUCGGUCCUUUGCGACUCCAGUGGUUUUGCCCGGGACACGAGUUAAGGCUAUGCGACAGGGUGUUCCACGCCGGAUUUUGGUACGGAAUCUGCUGACCACCCAAUCCCAGACGACCAAUUUGCAGUCUUACAGGAUCCCGGUUUUUGAGAAUGACUUGCUGUAUAACCCGGCAUACGUAAAAUAUUGAGCUGGCUUCAGGCCCGAAAUCUCUUGCGGUUCUGCUGAAUAACAAAAUAUGAACAACAA